AUGCAUCGCUUUACUGAUAUAGAAUCAACUCCAAAACGACUUACACCAGUAUAUGGAUACUUAGCGCAUCAACUCUUACCUCUACAGAAAGCUCUCGAACCAGUUUCGGCUCAGAUCAAUCAACUGGAUCGUUUUAGUAAAAUAGCUAAAAAUGAAUGUCACUUUCCUUCUGAACAUGGCCUUACUCGAGAUGAAUCAGCUGCUGUGUUUCUCUAUACAAUGGAAUGGGGUGAGGAUAGUUUAUACCAAGUAGUUAAUCGUGCACUGCGUGCUGAAGAUCGAUCAUCAUUAAAGCCAUGGUUUGCUUACCUUAAGCUAUUUGAUACAGCUGUACAAAAAUUACCUACUGUUCGAAAGAAUCUAUGGCGUGGUGUUGCAAAAGAUAUAGCGAAGAACUUCAAAAAAGGAGAUGAGUUCACUUGGUGGACCAUUAGUUCAUGUUCAACUUCAGUUAAUACCAUUAAAGACUUUCUCGGAUCUAAUUCAACUUUAUUCUUGAUCGAAGCUGUGAGUGCAAAAGAUAUUUCAGGAUACACCAAUUUUCCAAGUGAGAGUGAAGUAAUUCUUUGUCCAGGCACUCGUCUUCGUGUUGUCAGUGAUCCUCUUGAUCAACCACCUAUGCAUAUAGUCCAUUUACAAGAAGUUAUUGAUGAAAACGAAGACCAACUCACAAGCAACUUCCAGGCUAUGGGAGUGACAUCUUUAAAAACUGAAUCUAUCCCUUCAACAAAACCUGUUCUGUCUUCAUAUAUUCAAGUCGUUACUGAUAAAUCUGGAAACAGAUAUGAAACAGCAAUUCAUAUAUUAUACAGGCUUAUUUACUGUUGCAGAGUUAGAUACCCAAAUAACACGCAGUUACAGAAUAAUGGUGAAGGAGAAUUGAAAGAGGGUAAAAGGCAUGAUUUUGAGAAAAUUGUUGUUCAUCUUAAGAUGGAAAAUUAA